AUGGUGUCAUUUGCCAUUUCAUUCUUGGUGGUAUAUUUAGGAGAUUUUGAAGGCAAGACAGAUCUCAACAUUCGUGCUUUAGAGGUUGUGGAAGAACUUAGAACUAAAAGAGCAGACAAGCAGGAUGCUCAGAAGUGCAAGGGACGCAAGACCACUGAAUUUUGGGAUGUUAAAACAAUUGAAUCCGAUGGCACAAUCAAACAGAUCAAACUGAAUGUGAAGGAAGCUAUGAAGCCACCUAACGGAAGAAAGGUCGUACUCAGAAAGUUUCUCGAUUAUCGCAAUAGCGAAGAGACACAGGAGAAGUGUAAGAAAAAUGCGGAGAAUCGAUCAAAGCAGCUUUACACCCACACCGGCGGAUCGAAAAGCUUGGCAAGGCUCGGAGAAGAAGAGUCGGAACGACAAGGGAGGAUAGUUAGUAGAGGAGAGUUGUAUCUCUUAACGCACAAAAGAACCAAUGGCUCCUAUAUCCAUGAUGCAGCUCGCGCUAUUGGAGAAAGAAUUGAGGCUAUUGAGCAAGGCGAUGAAUCUUCUAGACUGUUAUCCCAGAAUGAUUCGCUUGCUCAAGCUCUCGGAAAAGAGCACUCGGGUAGGGUGCGUGGCAUGGGGUUGGGGCCGACUUCUAGUCAAGUCUUCGGUAUGAAUUCCCAUCAGCCGAGCAAUGGUUUUGAAAGGGAGGAGACCCAAAGGGUGCUGCUUAAACUACAAGCAGAGUUGGCAGCAGAGAAAUUGAAAAAGAAGGUAGUGGAGGAUGAAGUAGCAGCCGAGAAGACCAAAAGACAGGCAAUGGAGGAUGAAGUAGCAGCUGAGAAGACCAAAAGACAUGCAGUGGAGGAUGAAGUAGCAGCUGGGAAGGUCAGGAUGCAGGCAAUGGAGAGUGCUUUGUUAUGUCUACUUCAAGGGCAAGGUAGGAAGCUGCCAUCAGACGUCGCCACAUGGAUGAGUGCGUUGGAGGGACAAAAUAGAAAGUAGAUCUUAGGAUUGUGGAACCUUUUCUUCUUUUAGAUAUACACUUUUAUUUUGUUGAUUAUGCAACUCUUAGUAAGGAGUACACUUUGUUGAUAUUCGGAUAAUUAUAUUUAUUAAAUUAAUGGUUUUGCUA